CCAACGUAGUGGUAGGAGAUGAAUUACUCAAGAAGAAAAUUUAUCAAUUUCAAUCUUCCCAAAAAUGGUAGGAUAGGAUUAGAGGGGAGAAGUUUUCGUCAUGUCUAAUCCCAUUCUAAUCUCCUUAAAAAGUGAAAUCAUUUUCUGUACCUUAAAUAUGCCUUUAAGUUAGCGGGUUAUCCAAGUCAGUCCUCUAUACCAAACGGGGCCUAAAGGUGAAUUCUUCUCCCUCAUCCCCACUCUUUUGCUUCUUGGCUUAGUUUUAUCUGCACUCUCAAGAAGCUGAGUAUAGUAGUUAGGUUAGAAGUUGUGCUUUUGGACAAAGUGAUCAGUAGGUUAGAAGUUGUAAACAUUUUCUUGUGCAAACAAUAUUAUGAGGCUAAUCCAAAAUUCUGAUUAUAUAUGUAAGGUGGUUCUUAGCCGAAGACCAUCAUAGGUUCUUAUAUAUUAAUUUCUACCAAAUGUAUAUCUAGUGGUUGUGAUACUGGCUUAAAUAACCUUAUACAAGUGUCUAGAUGUUGAUUUUGUUGUCAUAUGAAAAUUGGUAAUUCUUGGAGUAAUGUGAAAUGUUGUUAAUGAAUUUACGCAUCAACAGUUAGGUUCUCUUGUGAGGCUAGCUUAAUAUGGCUCACAAAAGCUAGGGAGCUUCAAUGCAGAUUGUAUAUAACAAUGUUCUAAAUUUAAAUUGUUUUUUUUUUAGAACAAUAACAAGCCCUUCCUCCUUCACCUUCACCUUCACCUUGUAGUUUCUGUUGAAAAAUAGUGAGUCCAAAGACGUAAACUCCUUGAUUGGAUUGGUGGGUUGAAAUCUUGAUAAUCUAGAUAAGAAAUUGAAGAAUUGAAGAUGUGCACGAUAAUUCAGCUGCAAUCCCAAGUUUCCUCAUCAUCUUGGUCUUGGCCAAUCCCAAUUGAGGUCCCAAAAGGCCGAAUAUGUGCAUCAACACGAUCCUUGAAUGUGCGGUCAUCAGGACGAGUAGGAAUACGAUGUGAGGUGGUGGCGGUGGGAACUGGAACAGAAAUCGGAAUGGGACCUUACACGGGGAGAGACCCAAAUGUGAAGAAGGCGGAAUGGUUAAGGCAGAAAGCCCCCCAGGGAAACAAGUAUGAGGAGGUCAAGGAGUCCUUGUCCCGUUUGAAUCUGAAGACGGUGUGUGAGGAGGCCCAAUGCCCUAACAUCGGCGAGUGUUGGAAUGGUGGCGGGGAUGGCAUUUCCACUGCCACCAUCAUGCUUCUGGGCGACACCUGCACCCGCGGCUGUCGGUUUUGUGCCGUCAAGACCAGCCGGAACCCUCCACCUCCUAAUCCCAUGGAGCCUAUCAAUACUGCUACGGCCGUUGCCAGCUGGGGUGUUGAUUAUAUUGUUUUAACGAGUGUCGAUCGUGAUGACCUGCCCGAUGGUGGAAGUGAUCAUUUUGCUCGCACUGUCCAAGCCCUCAAGAAUCUGAAGCCUGAUAUCAUGGUUGAGUGUUUAACUUCUGAUUUUCGUGGUGACUUGACGGCUGUACACACUCUGCUGUACUCCGGACUUGAUGUUUUUGCACACAACAUUGAGACCGUCAAACGACUACAACGAAUUGUCAGGGACCCUCGGGCUGGGUAUGAGCAAAGCUUAUCUGUUCUAAGACAUGCAAAACAAAGCAAAAAGGGGAUGAUAACAAAAACUUCGAUAAUGCUGGGCCUGGGAGAAACAGACGAUGAGUUGAAGGAAGCCAUGGCUGAUUUAAGGGCUAUAGAUGUUGAUAUUUUGACCCUUGGACAAUAUUUACAGCCAACUCCAUUACAUUUGACUGUCAAAGAAUAUGUCUCGCCUGAGAAAUUCAUUUUCUGGAAGGAAUAUGGGGAGUCUAUUGGAUUUCGUUAUGUAGCCAGUGGGCCCUUGGUCCGGUCCUCGUAUAGGGCAGGGGAGCUGUUUGUUAAAACAAUGGUCAGGGAAAUGGCUAACGGCUCUUCUGGCGUAUUUCAGUAACUUAUGAACUUCAAUACAGAUGGCUACCAAUACGAUAAUAAUUUAGUAG